AUGAAGUUUUUAAAUGAAACUGAAACUCGGACAAUCAAGAAUUGGGAAAAUCACAAUGUUGUCGAAUUCUUUAGUCAUUUCAGUAAUCCCAUUAAUAAUAUUACUUGUGAAAUAUUGAUGGAUAGAAUAGAUUUUGAUGAAAUUGAUGAAUCGACAUUAUCCUCAAGUUCAGUCCACCGCGUGGAUAACUACUUACUUUCAUCGUUAUUGAGCGAUGUAGUUAUUAAAAUUAAAGAUAAUAAAGAUCAAUUACCAGCUCAUAAACUCAUACUUGCUUCACACAGCUCUGUUUUUGAGAGAAUGCUCAAUACAGAUAUGAGAGAAGCUAAAGAGAAUUGUAUUUGUUUUGAUGGAUUUGAUAUUGAUACUAUCAAAGAAGUCCUUAAAUUCAUGUAUACUGGCCAGAUUGAAGCAGAAAAUGAUUCUGAAGUUCUUCUUAAAGUAUUAACAUGUGCGCAAAUGUAUCAAAUUGAAAAGUUGAAAAUCUAUUGUGAAUACAAACUGAUAAAAAGUUUAAGUGUCAAAAAUGUUAUUAAAAUUCUGAUCGAAACUGAUAAUUUCGAUGUACCUAAGUUAAAUGAAAAAGCAUUAUUGUAUAUUAAUCUUAACAAAACUCGUUUAUCAUUUGCUGAUGCGGCAAAAGAAUUGAACAAUUCAAAAGUUUUGUUAAAGUUUUUUAUUCAACAAACAGAAAUGAAAGCAGAUUAA